AUGAAACGUGAUCCAGUGUUUGGGCUUUUUCUUGCAGUGUUGGUUGCGUCCAUUCUUCUGUCUCUGCUCGCAUACUAUUUUGUCAAGAGCAACAAGAAGAGCACACGUCGAAAAGCAGAAGAUACCGCUGCAUCUAGUUCGUCCGCUACUUCAGCAAGUGAAAACUAUGAUGUUUUUUUGAGCUUCAAAGGCGAGGAUACUCGUAAAACAUUCGUAGAUCACCUCUACAAUGGCCUCAUCGAUGCUGGGAUCCGCGUGUUUAGAGAUGACAAUGAGCUUCGCGAAGGUGAGGUGAUCGGAACCAACCUUCUCCAAGCCAUUAAGAACAGUAAGAUCUCGAUCCCGAUUAUUUCUCAGAACUACGCUUCAAGCAAAUGGUGCCUUCAAGAGCUCGUUGAGAUGACGGAGUGCACGAAGAGCAUUGGGCAUGUUGUCUUGCCCGUAUUUUACCGGGUUAAACCGGCCCAUGUGCGAUACCAAAUAGAAAGGUUUGGAAAGACUUUUUCCCAUUUAAGUAGGAAGUAUUUAAAAGAAGAUGUUGCCAAAUGGAAGCAAGCACUCCAAGAAGUGGCUUCCCUAAAGGGAUGGGAAUCAGAGAAAACUGCUGACGGCCACGAAGGAGAAUUGGUGAAAAUAGUUGUCAGAAAAGUUUUGAGCGAGCUAAAGAAGGCCUUUCAGCUGGUUAUUACCGAACAUCUUGUCGGGAUCGAUAAUGCUAUGGAGGAUAUCUUGAGAUUGCUGGAUGAUAAACACAAUGCCACCCAAGUUAUUGGCAUUCAUGGAAUGGGAGGUAUCGGCAAAACAACUUUAGCCAAAGCCAUCUACAAUAAGCUAUUCGACCAAUUUCAGCAUCAUAGUUUUAUUGCAGAUAUUCGAGAAUCCUCACAGAGCAAGGGCAUUUCAUAUGUACAGGGUCAAUUAAAAUUUGAUAUACUAAAAGAGAAUGAUCAUGUGUUCAAUCAGGAUGAAGGAAUCAGGAUCAUGGAAUCUAGAUUUAAACGUAAGAAAGUCCUAAUUCUUCUAGAUGAUGUGGAUGAUAACAAUCAUAUCAAAGCUUUAAUUGGAAAACGUGACUGGUUUGAGAUGGGAAGUAAGAUAAUAAUUACCACAAGAAUAAGGUCUAUUCUUGAUGAUGUUGGGGUGAGCUACAAGUAUGAACUCAAGGAAAUUGCUAAGGCUGAGUCCUUGAUCUUGUUCAGUAGACAUGCCUUUAGGAGGGACUCUCCUCCGUGUGAAUUUGAAUCUCUCUCUCAUGCUAUCGUGUCCACUGCCGGAGGGCUACCCUUAGCGCUUGAGGUUAUAGGUUCAUUUCUAUGUGGACGGAACCAAGCAUUCUGGCAAGAUGCGUUAAAGAAGUUACAAAUAGUACCGCAUGAGAAAGUGCAGGAGAAAUUGAGAAUAAGUUAUGACACAUUAAACUAUGAGGAAAAGCAGAUAUUUUUGGAUAUUGCCUAUUUCUUUGGAGGAUAUCAUUUCAAAUGUGCAUUCUGCAUGUGGGAUGCUUGUAAUUUUUUUCCAAAGAUGGGGCUUGAAACAUUGAGUUUUAUGUCACUGAUAAAAAUAGGAGAUAAUGGCAUGUUGAAAAUGCAUGACCAACUGAGAGACCUUGGUAGGGAAAUUAUUCGUCAAGAAGAUUACCAUGCUUUUAUGAAUCGAAGUAGGCUAUGGCUUCAAGAGGAAGCCUUGAAAAUAUUUCAGAGAACUAAGGUGGUGAAGGAAUUGAAAGUUCUAGAUCUUGGAGGUUGCCUUAAUUUAAAAGUUACUCCUAAUCUCUCGGCCUUUCGACAUUUAGAGGUAUUAGUCCUCAAAAAAUGUGAUAAUCUAGAGCAAAUCCACCCUUCUAUUGGAGAAGCCAAGGGUCUCGUUGUUUUGGACUUGCAAAGAUGUGUAAAACUUCGAGAGCUACCCCAAGAAAUGGGCAAGUUGGAGGAACUGAAGGUACUUCGCAUAAGGCAGACUGCUAUAGAAGAAAUUCCUUCAUGUAUAAGUUCUUUGAAAAAGUUGGAGAAUCUUUAUGCCAAUGAUUGCCAAUCAUUGGCUGGAAUUCCCGACUCAGUUAGCCAUCUAGUAAAUUUGUCAAUCCUUGACCUAACUAAUUGCUUGAAAUUAUGUAGACUUCCAAAGAGCAUUGGAUCCCUCGUGAACUUGCAGCAGCUAUACUUAAGUCGAGCGCAGUUUUCAAGAAAUUUACAUAUCCCCAACUCAAUUGGGAAGUUGGAAUGGUUGACUAUAUUGGACUUGUCAUUUUUAGGCAUUUGUGAAUUGCCUGAGUCCAUUGGGGAUUUGAAAAAAUUGAAAAGAUUUAGUAUUAAUUAUUGCAAGAAACUGAGUAGUUUACCUAGUACUAUUAGCAAGUUGGGCAACCUUGAAGAAUUUAAUUUCAUAGGAUGCAAGAGUCUAGGGAGGAGAAUUCAUAUAGAUGGGUUGUCUUCACUGAAGAUCCUUCGAUUAAGUGGGACACUCAUUUAUGGCUUCCACGAUGGAUUCAAUAAGCUUUCUCGUCUUGAGAAACUAGAAGAAUUAGAUGCCACAGGAUGCAAGAAUCUACGAGAGGAAAUUCUUAUAAAUGGGUUGUCUUCACUGAAGAUCCUUCGAUUAAGUGGAACAAGCGUUUUUGGCUUCCCCGACUUAUUCAAUAAGCUUUCUCAUCUGGAGAAACUUGAAGAAUUAGAUCUUUGCCGAGGAUGCAAGAAUCUAGGAGGGGAAAUUCUUAUAGAUGGUGAAUGCAAGAAUUUAGAAGGGGAAAUCCCUAUAGAUGGGUUGUCUUCACUGAAGAUCCUUCGAUUAAGUGGAACAAGCGUCUCUGGCUUCCCUAACUUAUUCAAUAAGCUUUCUCAUCUGGAGAAACUUGAACAAUUAGAUGUUAGUGAAUGCAAGAAUUUGGAAGGGGAAAUCCUUAUAGAUAUGUUGUCUUCACUAAGGAUCCUUCGAUUAGGUUGGACAAACAUUUCUGGCUUCUUUAAUGAAUUCAAUAAGUUUUCUCAUCUUGAGAAACUUGAAGAAUUAGACGUCAGACAAUGCAUGAAUCUAGGAGGGGAAAUCCCUAUAGAUGAGUUGUCUUCACUGAAGAUCCUUCGAUUAAGUGGAACAAGCAAUUUUGGCUUCCUCGAUGGAUUCGAUAAGCUUUCUCGUAUGGAGAAACUUGAAGAAUUAGAUGUCACAGGAUGCAAGAAUCUACGAGGGGAAAUUCUUAUAGAUAGGUUGUCUUCACUAAAGAUCCUUCGAUUAGGUUGGACAAGCAUUUCUGGCUUCUCCAAUGAAUUCAAUAAGCUUUCUCAUCUUGAGAAACUUGAAGAAUUAGACGUCAGACAAUGCAUGAAUUUGGGAGGGAAAAUCCCUAUAGAUGGGUUGUCUUCACUGAAGAUCCUUCGAUUAAGUGGAACAAGCGUUUUUGGCUUUCUCGAUGGAUUCGAUAAGCUUUCCCAUUUAGAGAAACUUGAAGAAUUAGAUGCCACGGGAUGCAAGAAUCUAGGAGGGGAAAUUCUUAUAGAUAGGUUGUCUUCAUUGAGGAUCCUUCGAUUAGGUUGGACAAGCAUUUCUGGCUUCUCCAAUGAAUUCAAUAAGCUUUCUCAUCUUACGAAACUUGAAGAAUUAGAUGUCAGACAAUGCACGAAUCUGGGAGGGGAAAUCCCUAUAGAUGGGUUGUCUUCACUGAAGAUCCUUCGAUUAAGUGGAACAAGCAUUUCUGGCUUUCCUGACUUAUUCAAUAAGCUUUCUCAUCUUGAGAAACUUGAAGAAUUAGAUGUCAGACAAUGCAAGAAUUUGGAAGGGGAAAUCCCUAUAGAUAGGUUGUCUUCAUUGAAGAUCCUUCGAUUAAGUGGAACAAGCGUUUCUGGCUUCCCCGACUUAUUCAAUAAGCUUUCUCGUUUGGAAAAACUUGAAGAAUUAGAUGCCACAGGAUGCAAGAAUCUAGGAGGGAAAAUUUUUCUAGAUGGGUUGUCUUCACUGAGGAUCCUUCGAUUAGGUUGGACAAGCAUUUCUAGCUUCUCCAAAGAAUUCAAUAAGCUUUCUCAUCUUGAGAAACUUGAAGAAUUAGAUGUCAGACAAUGCAAGAAUUUGGAAGGGGAAAUCCUAUAG